UGCCCGAGUCCGAGCGGUGAGGUCGGCCAGGGGGCCUGCGGAGGCCGAGCCUGGCAGGAGGCACCGGCUCAGGUGCGAGCACCUCCGCGGCGCUCCCUCUGCUGCCGGCGGGGAAGCCGGGCCAGAUGCUGCCAGUUAUUGCAGGACCAUCUGGAAGCUCUUGCCUAGAGUGCGAGACACUGCUCCUGUGUGCUCUGUGAAUUCCGGAUGGAAGGGAUGGUCUAAGCAGCAAUUCCUUUCAGAAUCAGAGAUUGUUGGAGCGGAAUUACUGAACAAAAGCAGGCAUUGCAUCUUCAGUUGUCACCAAGUUUGCCAUCAGGUUACAAGAGUUGAACUCGAAGCUUCCCCUGCAGUGAAGUGGAAAGAGACAUAAUCCUCACGUAAUAACAGACAUGGGCUUCUUCAUGACUUUCCACCUUUCCUACAAGUUCCGGUUACUGUUGCUUUUUCUCUUAUGCCUGACAGUGCUUGGGUGGGCCACCAGUAACUACUUUGUGGGUGCUAUUCAAGAGAUUCCUAAAGCAAAGGAUUUCAUGGCCAAUUUCAACAAGGUCCUAGUCUGGGGGAAGGGAAAAACUCUGACUCAGGAAGCAUCCAUGAAAGAAGCAGACCUCAACAACUGCCCUUCUGUGUCUCCAUACCUCAGGGGCCAAAACAAGCUCGUUUUCAAACCAGAUCUCACUCUGGAAGAAGUGGAGGCAAAAAAUCCCAAAGUGCACAGAGGCCGGUAUCACCCCGAGGAAUGUAAGGCUUCCCAGCGGGUCGCCAUCCUCAUUCCACACCGGAACCGAGAGAAACACCUGCUGUACCUGCUCGAACACCUCCAUCCCUUCUUGCAGAGGCAGCAGCUGGACUAUGGCAUCUACGUCAUCCACCAGGCUGGAAGUAAAAAGUUUAAUCGAGCCAAACUCUUGAAUGUGGGCUAUCUAGAAGCUCUCAAGGAUGAAAACUGGGACUGCUUUAUUUUCCACGAUGUGGACCUGGUCCCCGAGAACGACUUGAACAUUUAUAAGUGUGAGGAGCAGCCCAAGCAUCUGGUGGUUGGCCGGAACAGCACUGGGUACAGGUUACGUUACAACGGAUAUUUUGGGGGUGUUACUGCCCUAAGCAGAGAGCAGUUUUUCAAGGUGAAUGGAUUCUCUAACAACUACUGGGGAUGGGGAGGCGAAGACGAUGACCUCAGACUCAGGGUUGAGCUUCAUAGAAUGAAAAUAAUCCGGCCAAUGCCUAAUGUGGGUAAAUAUACAAUGAUCUUCCACACUAGAGACAGAGGCAAUGAGGUGAAUAUAGAACGACUCUUAGGAGAGGUGUGUACCCUCCUGCCUACAGACAGCACUAUGGGAGGAUUCAUAGAUACCCUGAAGCUUAGCCAAGGACCUGUUAGCAAUGGAUGGAUGAAGCUCUUACAUCAGGUGUCACAAGUCUGGAGAACAGAUGGGUUGACUAGUUGUAUUUAUAAAUUACUCUCUGUGGAUUAUAAUCCUUUAUAUACCAACAUCACGGUGGAUUUCUGGUCUGGUGCAUAACGUGACCUUGGAUCUUCUGGUGACAUUCGGAAGAACUGAAUAUUUUAUUGCAGUAAUUUUGGACUAGACACAUUCGGAAGAACUGAAUAUUUUAUUGCAAUAAUUUUGGGCUAGAGACCAAUAAUUUUUGGACUAGUAGCACACAUUAAGAACUUGUUGCAGCUAAUUAUUGAGCUGCACUUUUUCUUUUUGUAUUUUCUUAGCAGAGCUCCAAGUAAUACGGGAUGUAAAACAAUUGGAAGAAGACAGCUUUCUUGGUUGUUUUCCCCCUGAGGGUUAAAUCUUGUAAUACAGAUACUUGAAGGACUGAGUAUAAAAGGACUGUUCAAAGAAUACCAUGAAGCCUAGCUACUUGAGAACUUGGAUUGAAGGAUAUUUAAGUUUGGGCUAAGAAAGCCCACAGGAAAUAGGAUUGCUGAAUGUCUCAGAGAACCAGAAUUGUUCUCGUCUGUGGUAGAAAGGUACGAAGAAGUCUACCUGUUAUUCAUUUAUCCUGCACGCUCCUCUGAAGAGCUGGGCCCCAGGUGGGAAGAAGGCCGCAGAAGAGAGGAGAAAGGUGAAGAAUCAAGAUGCAGUGAACUUGAGGAUGAAGGGCUGGGAGGAGGACAGUGAUGGAGAAGCAGCCACAGUUGUGCUGGUCACUGCUGCUGCUCCCUGUCCUGGGGGUCACCUGCCCAGACAUGUCUUCCCAGGAAUAACCCAGCAGGGAACACAUUAUCUACUAGUUUUUAAAGUAUUUUUGUAAAAAUGAUUUUGUACAUGUAGGAUAUGAAUUAGCUGUUUACAAAUUACAUAUUCACUCAUAAUAGAUCGAAAGUACCUCUGUAGUAAAAUAUGGAAAAGCUU